AUGGCUACGGUGUUGGUACAGCAGCAAACGCUGCGACAUGCCACCCCUCCGCCAGCGGGAAUCUCCUCAUCCCUGAAUCUCACCAGAACCCCGUCGCCGGUACCAAACAAACAUUUACCAGUGUGUCCGUCGGGAACUUCGACAGCAGCUUCGCAGACUGCUGUACAAUCGGCGAAAGACGAUAAGGAGGUCACGUCGCUUCUCUAUCCUCCCGACACGUUCUCGCGUGUGACCAAUUCACCGCCGAUAUACUCGAUCGACAUUGUAACCUUAGCCGCUGCCUUGGAUUAUUGGGCUUCUCAACCCUUACCAGACCCCAGUCAGGUAUUUCCUUGGCUCCAUGGACUUCACCCGGAGAAUCAUUUACAACUGGGCUUUUUCACAAACCGGAGACGUUCUCUUCGCCGGACUCCCCAAUGUUGGAGAGGCAUCACGAUCGUCAAAGUCGGUGGUGAUCUUAGCACAUCCAGACUCAAAGGCGCAGUGUCUCCCAGUGAGAUUCUUGCACCGUCCGGCUGGGAUUUCAUUCCAAGUGAUCCCAAGGAGGGAUUCUCUGUUCGCAAUUUUCAGAUACAAACCGCAAAGUUGGCUACUCUAUCAGACAUUGUUGUUUACGGCCAAGACGGUGUGAAUAGAAAGCAACUCUUAGAAGUUGCUGAGAAAAUUGCCACCGCACAGUACCGUUGGAGAAAUAAGAAUGACCCAGAUGGAUUCUUCCCAUCCUACCAUACAUUCAUCCUCUCAAGUGAAUUCUCUGAAAUUGAACGCCGUUGUCCGCGCCUGGUUGCUAUCAACUCUCAAGGCCAGCUCACCGGCCAGGUAGUCGAUUUCUUUCACUGGGAGCGGCUGGAAAUGUGCGAGAUGGCCAAAGCUUCUGAGAUUUCUAAGAAUGUCUGGCAAGGGCCGACGCCUGAUUACAUAUUGCGAUCUGGAUCAGGCGACUCCGCGCAUGUCGAAGAUUUUGACCUUUUGAUUGAGACAAGUGAUCUUGCCAGCAUCCCUGGCCCUCGAUAUCUGGCUAAACUCAAUAGGCAGCUGGAUGACGACGACAGUCCUCUGCGGCUAGAAUUCCCGUCUUCCGGGUCGCUUGUUGUCCCAUCCGCUGAAACAAGAGAGAUAGACGACCUUGUAAGCACUAUACGAUGGAUUUAUUAUCUGGCGAACCCAGAAGAGCCGGAAUCCCCAACAGAUGUUGAUGGAGAUAUUGCCAUGACGUCUCUUCGACGGAAGCCUCGCAGGAUUCUUAUCCACUGUCCAGACGGCUAUACUGAAGCUUCACUAUUGGUCAUCGCUUACUUGAUGUUCGCUGAAGGUAUAGCGGCUCAUGAGGCAUGGCUGCGACUUCACUGCGACAGGAAGCGUAAUUUCUUCGCAUACCCGUCUGAUGUCACUUUUCUGAGCAGCAUUCAGACAAGACUUUUGCAUGAGAGUCCUGCGACGCACUCGGAGAGUCUCUCCAGCGUUCCAGAUCCGCCAUGGUUCCGGUACUGUGAUGGAUCACUUCCGAGUCGAAUUCUCCCAUACAUGUAUCUUGGCAAUUUGGGCCACGCCAACAAUCCUGAAAUGCUCUGGGCUCUUGGAAUUCGGCGCAUUCUGAGCAUUGGAGAGUCAGUCUCAUGGAGAGAUUUUGACAUUGCUCGGAUGGGCCCUGAGAACGUGAUGCAUAUAACUCAGGUUCAAGACAAUGGGAUAGACCCAUUGACUCAGGAAUUCGACCGAUGCUUGGAAUUCAUCAGUGAGUUCUGA